UUUUCGAAUUAUUCGGUUGUAUUGUCUUGAUUACAACAAUCGAAUUCAUUUAAUAAUGAGUUCAUUGUUGUUGAAAGCAACAUAUAUUGUUGGUUUGCUGGUGGUGAGCGGUGGUAUCCAUGUAUCAAAUUGUAAUGAUGUGUCAGUGGAAGAACGCAUUCACGGAGGAUAUUGGGCAAGAAAGCCUGAAGAUGCUCCAGGAGUGGUAUAUAUUGACGACGCGGAUGAAGCAGACCAACAAUGGUGUGCUGGAGCGUUAAUUUCAGCGUAUUAUGUGUUGUCAGCGGCUCACUGUUUUGAUGCGUUCGAUCACUCAACUUUAUUUGUACGAGCAGGCAGUACUUAUAGAUACAACAGUGGCGGUUUAACACGAAGCGUCGAAGCGGUAGUUUCAUAUGAGAAGUAUGAACAGUACAAAGAUCUGCCUGAGCGUAUCUUAUUCAAUAUAGCAAUGUUAAGACUUGCUGAGCCAUUGGAUCGAGCAGAUAAUGUCGGCCAUUUCCAAAUAUCAGCCAAACAACCGGGAGUAGGAUCCACCGCUAAAUACGUUAUUGCUGGUUGGGGUGACGCAGAAGGUGGUGAUGGAACGGUGAAUUUAAAAACUGGUACUGUAGAGCUUACGUCAAUGCAAGCUUGUGCGAAAGUAUUUCUCUUAAAAGGCAUGGGUGAAAGAGAUACUGCUAGUUUAUUAUGUUCCAAAAGUGAAGCAGGAUUAUGUUAUGGAGAUAGUGGCGGGCCUUUAUAUUUGAGAGAUAUCCUUUAUGGUAUUUCACUGUAUUCCUACAGAUUUAAGCCCCCGUACGAUCAACUAGUCAACGAUUGUGAGAGAAGUUACUCUGCAUAUCUUAAUGUUUUCGCAUUUAGGGGAUGGAUUCGUGGACAAAGAAAUUAUUAUGACUUGAACAAUGAAUUUUUAAAUUCCACUAAGAAUAAUUAUCAAUUUACUAAUUCUUAUCAUGAUAAAUACGGAUAAGAAACAUUCAUAAUGAUUCGAAAAGGGAGCGA